UGUAAAAAAAACCCAAUAAAAUAUAUUUUAAAGAAAGAAAGGAAAAGAUUCUGCGAUGAAGUGCCAGGUGUCUAGAGUGAGGGGAGUGGUGUCGCUGCGGAGAGGGCGUGGCGGCUCGCGCGCUACUUCCGCUUACGCCUGCUCUACUACGCCCGUCGGCACGUAGACGCUGGGCUUUCCACGCCCCAUUUUACAGCAGCCGUAAAGUGCGGUGUCGUGACCACGCCCUUUCCUGCGGCUCUUGUGACGCAGGCGCCCUGGGCUUUUUGCGCGGGAAAAGGCAGCAGUUCGGAACUAGCCGGGGCUGCUGGAACCCACUGUUUUCGCGGAGUCCGCCGCUGGCCCCGCGCCUCUGCCGGCCAUGGGGCUGCUGGAGCAGUGCGAGCAGGUGUUCGGUACCGCCGACCUUUACCGGGUGCUGGGGGUGCGGCGCGAGGCCUCGNNNNCGGAGCCCGGCCUGGCGUUUUCUACUGUUUCUCGCCGGCAGCAGUGAAGGGGCGAGGGUGACUUGAAUGCUCUUUCCCCGCAGAUCCUCGGGAAAGUCUACUCCGUCCUGAGUGACAAGGAGCAGAGGGCCGUGUACGAUGAGCAGGGGACCGUGGACGAGGACUCGGAUGUGCUCAGCCAGGAUCGGGACUGGGAGACGUAUUGGAGGUUACUCUUUAAAAAGAUAUCUCUAGAAGACAUUCAAGCUUUUGAAAAGACAUACAAAGGUUCUGAAGAAGAGCUGGCUGAUAUUAAACAGGCCUAUCUGGACUUCAAAGGGGACAUGGGUCAGAUCAUGGAGUCGGUGCUGUGUGUGCAGUACACGGACGAACCCAGGAUAAGGAACCUUAUUCAGCAAGCCAUUGACGCUGGAGAAGUCCCAUCCUAUAAGGCCUUUGUCAAAGAAUCGAAGCAAAAGAUGAAUGCUAGGAAAAGGAGGGCCCAGGAAGAGGCUAAAGAAGCAGAAAUGAGCAGGAAGGAGUUAGGACUUGAUGACGAAGAUAAUUUGAAAGCACUCAUUCAGAACAGACAAAAGGAUCGGCAAAAGGAAAUGGACAAUUUUCUGGCUCAGAUGGAAGCAAAGUACUGCAAACCUUCCAAAGGAGGAGGGAAAAAAACAGCUCUCAAGAAAGAAAAGAAAUAAUGGAAUUUUCUCUUCAAAGGUCGUUAGGGGUUAAUUAGUGCCAUUGUAGGAAAGGUAAAGUCAAGAUCUGAAGACAAAAGUCAAUUCAACCCUUGAGAAAAAUUCUCUUCCACCUAAACUAUUCAGAUUGAGAAUGUAAACUAGUCUCUCAACCUGAUCUUAUAUCCUAGAAAUCCCCUGACAUUCUGUGAAGUCCAGUCCUCCUGUGAAGGAAUUUGGUGAUGGUCAUUGAGGAAAGAGGGGGAGGUUGGUAUACUUCUGACAGCACUUGCUUCUGUGGAUCUUUUGUACAAGGUACUUUACCUAGAAUGUGGAUCUGUCCAUACUUCCGUUACCAGCUGUCAUUUUGCCACAAGAAUGAGCUGCAGAGUAUUCAGAGCGAUGUGUGUGUUUAUUAGAACAAGUACGCUACCUGGCUAGAAUGUCUUCAGAACACUUGCUGGACAUUGUCUUCUAAAUACUUGACAGUGCUUUCAGUCUUAAAACUCUUGAAUACAUCCUCUCUUUUUGUUUUUUGUUUUUGUUUUUUUACUCAAACAGGUUUUUGUACUCUGCUUCAAGUAUAGGAGAAACAGAUGUUCACAUUACUUCAAGCAUCUUUAUGACUUAAUACAUGAUUAAACUAAACAAGUAAAAAAUGACUUAAAUUUUUAAUGAUCACUGGGAUAUUACUGCUGAACGUCCUUGGGUAGGUCACUAAGCUUGUCUGAACUUGUUUUCUCAUCUAUGAAAGGGUGAGGGAGUUUGGGUAAAGGACUUCUUAGAGACUCCCCUGACUUAACGCUAACUCUGAAAGGCAAGCCAUCAGUGGUUUGUUUUCAUGCGCUUGUGGUAUUGAUUUGUGAAAAUAGUACAGAGAUUUUCACUUAUAUUUAGUCAAAUUGUAUGUAUUCAUUAGAAUAUGUGGAAGUUUUUAAGGGGCUGUUCAACUUAAAAUCUCUGAUUUUAGACUAAUAUAUUCAAUGCCAUAUGCCCGAAACAAGCCUGGUACCUUUAUGUAUCAUGAUUUAUCAGCGAUAUAAACACAUGACAUGCUUUCAGUUUGUGAUUAUAAACAAGGUUAAAAAAAUACUCUUUAAUUGUAUUAAAAUAUAAUUUAAUGCA